AGUAGAAGAUGGAUAAAAGGUAACCUGCAACAAAUGUUUUGAAUUUUGAAAUUAUUUUCUGAAAUUUAUUAUAAAUAUAAUUAUGGAAGAGUUUUCUGUUGAAAACAUUCCCAUACAUAUAGAGGAACUGGAACAUGAUAUUCCUGAUUCGAAUGAAUCUGAGGAUGAGGCCUCAGAUUCAGCAACGAGAAGGAAACAGAUUCCUUCUAAGCUGUCCUCCCAUUUAAAAGGUCUUAUGGGAGAAGCGAAUUUGAGAUUUGCCCGAGGAGACCUGGAAGUAGCCAAGAGAAUGUGUUUUGAAGUUAUCAGACAAGCACCGAGUGCUUUUGAGCCAUAUUUAACGUUAGCUCAAAUAUACGAGAAUAAUAACACCAAGAAAUAUAAAGCUUUCUUAAUGCUUGCUUGCCAUGUUCAACCCUCUAAUUCCGAAAUAUGGUGCCGAUUGGGUGAUGUAGAACAUCAGGACAACCAGCUUAAAGCUGCCAUAACUUGUUACACUCGAGCAAUACAUGCCGAGCCUAGUAAUAUUGACUUACACAACAAAAGAAUGAUGCUAGUUCAACAAAAAGGAUAUGCAAGCAGCAAAAGAGGUAUUUUACACUGUAAAUUAAUGCUAGCAAAAGCUUUACCGAAAAAUAAGCACGAACAAAUUAUAUCACUUUGUCAUGAAGUAGCAAAGGAAUAUUUUAAAGUCCAGAAUUAUAUUAAAGCCAUAGAAGCUUUAAGGGUUCCAAUAAAGAGAAUACCAGAUAAGGUAACAGAGGAUUUGUUAAAUAUGAUGCUAGAACUCUUGCUUCUCAGUGAGCGGUAUUCGGAAUGUUUAGAUAUUUUUACACAGUUUUGUGGCUUUACAUUUGAGUUGACCCUAGAGGAAAACAUGUCAAUCACUGUUCAUUCUUAUACAAUGCCGGAGAAUUUACAUGGUGACAUAAAAACAAAAUUCAUUGUCUGUAUAAUAAGACUGCAGUGCUAUCAUUUGAUAGCUCCGUUAAUUGAGGAAAUGCUAGAAAAAGACGAUAUGGAGGUGAAAGGUAUGUUAUUUUUUGAUAUUGCCGAGGCUUUAAUGGGUUCGGGAUACUUCAAAGAAGCCCUGCAACUGUUGGUUCCUUUGGUGAAAACCAAAAAUUAUUCGUUAGCCGCUGUAUGGUUGAAGCAUGCCGAGUGUUUGGCUGGUUGUAAAAUGUAUAGUGAUGCAAUUGAGGCAUAUUAUACAGUCAUAGCGAUGGCUCCUAAUCAUGUAGAUGUACUAUAUCCCUUAGGAAUGCUUCUAAUCUAUCAAGAUAGAAAAAAAGAAGCUUUGGAGGUGUUGUCUCAAGAUAUUAGUUUGGGAAAACUUCAUGUCGCUCUUCUAAUUGAACAAAUGAAACUUUUAAAACAAAUCGGCGAUUUGAAAAACUACUGGACAUGCUGCGAGUUGUUGCUGUCGCGUCACUGUGUAGUCUUGCAAAAUUACGAAGAACUGAAGAUAGCACUUAGAUUCCUAACGGUAAAGGAAAAAAUUGCGAAAAUCAGAAGGGUUAGGCUUUUUAGACAUCAGGACACUAGUGACUUAGAUUUUGAGAAGUUUGAAGUUAGUUUUGAACCAGAUGUUGAAGAUGAGUAUCAACUUUACAAAGAAAUAUUGCAGUUUGCUUAUGAUUCAGAGGAAUACGUGUUAUACCAGAAAUUUGCCUUCAUGGGACUACUAUCUAAACGAUUUCAAAAACAUUUUACCGAAAUUUAUCUUAUAGCUUGUUUUGCUUGUUUGGCAAACAGAGACUACAACCAUGGCUAUUUCAUGGCCAAGGAGAUACUUCUUAGAAACUACCAGAACAACGAAAUUUGGAAUGUGUAUUCUCUGAUGCUGAAAUUGUUAGAUGAUCCAAGAAAUUUCUCUAGGUUUCUCGAAUAUUCAAUGGCACAAAAGAAAUUCCCUUUAAGAACUAAAGAACCAAUACUAGGAAAUUAUUACUGUACUAAUGCCAAUUAUUCUGAAUGUUUGAGAUACUUUUUAAAGGAAUAUAAAACUUGUUCUUAUGGUGUUUUUAUGAUUGCUAUGUGUACGUUACAACAAUACUGUCAAAGGACUAAAAACCAAGAGAACAAAAAGUCAAUGUUAGAAACCGUGACUCAACUGUUCUUCAAAUACGCGAAAAUUCGCAGCAAACAUGCCAAACAAGAAGCCUACUAUAAUUUAGGUCGAAUGUACCAACAAAUCGGAUUGUUUUAUUUGGCAGAAAUCUACUACAAAAAGGUUUUAACAGUUCAGAAUGAAUUAUUGGAUCAACAUCCAGAUAUAUUAGGAUUAAAAGAAGAAUCCGCCUAUAAUUUACAUUUAAUUUAUAAAAGUUCAGGAAAUUUUGAAGCAGCAAGAAAAAUUCUAUUUCAAUAUAUUGUUAUAUAGGUAUUAUUAUCGGGAAAAAGUAGGGUUAUGGAGAAUUUAAUGCCAGUUCCUGUCACAAGUCAAAGCUGUCAGAGGGCCUGCCUUUAUAGAGCUUUAUUUCAAGUUAAAUAGAUACAAAUCAGUGAAAAAAUAAAGUAAAUUUAUCUACAUAUGAGUUACAAUGGUAACGAAGCAAAGAAAUGAACUUCUACCUAAUAUAGGUAAAUAUAAAGAGCAUUCCUAAAAAAUAUAGGCCCAAAAAAUAUACAUGAUCAAUUCGCUUUAAAAUAGAAGUAAAGGAACAUAUUAUAUAGAGUUGUUUUGUGAAGUAACAUUUUCCUUAUUUAACUGUUUUAAGUUAAUAUUUUUAUAACUUCUCAAUAUGUACUUACAUAUGACUUUUAAGCAUUAGCAAUAUUUUAAUACUAUUACAAUUUUCUACAUAGUUCUUAACGACUAGAGAUAUUUUUGUUUCUAUACAAUGUUGAAUAGUAAAACGAC